GAGAAGAAGAAGAAGGAGAAGGAGGAGAAGAAGAAGAAGAAGAAGAAGAUUCACGUAAUUUCCAAGCACACUAAUUGAGCAGCUGUUUUCGGAAUGCAGUCCCAUUCCAAGGAGCUAGCUAGUGUUUUUGCCGAGAGCUCUGAAAGUGACACAACAUUUUAUGGCUUUUCUGAUGGUGAACUCGACGAUAAGAAUUCAAUUUUUGAAGAUGAAGACCAGCCUGGUGUUUCCCCGAAGGAACAGAAAGCCACAUCUAAAGCAUCUAGUGCUGCCCAACCCUUCAAGCUGAGGGUGGCUCUCCGCUCCACUCCCUUUACCCAGCAGUCCACUGAUGAUGAGGAUCCGGAGGGUGAAGUAAAGAGGAUAAUAAACAGAGGGAUGAGGCAGACAGGAAGGAGCAGUCCGGCAAAGGAGAAGAGACAUGUUAAAUUUGAAGAUGAGGAGACAGCAGUUACUUGGCUGUCUCCUUCUGAGGAGUCUGGAUCUGAUUCAGCAGAAGACUCGACCGGUUCUUUCUUAGCCAAGAGAGAGCAGAACAUCAAGGCUAACAAGGCGAUGUUGGCUCAGCUGAUGGCAGACUUGCAGAAAAUACCAGGAGGUGCAGGGUUUCUUAAAAAAAAGGAAGAAGACAAACAGAAGACAAAGCGUCCACCACGCUCUGUUGCAGCUGGAAGAGAGUCCAGGAGGAACCCAGAGCGAGCAUCCCGCAGACGGACUCGUUCUAUGGGUAGAUGUGAUGACUCUACAGGCCCUCUGGAGGAAAAACCUGAGCUCAGUUUGGAGGAGGAAUUGUUGGAGGUACGCCGAGCCCCUCAGCACCGUGGUGCCCCACGGCCUAAUCAGUCCAAACCUCAUUUUAUCCGUCUGGUGGAGGACAUCACAGAGGAUGAGCUUCAGCUGGUUGCAGAUAACAUGACUGAUAAAGUCUACAACAGAGUCACAGGCUCCACAUGUCAUCAGUGCCGUCAGAAAACUGUUGACACUAAGACAUGCUGCCGCAGUGAGACCUGUCGUGGGAUUCAGGGUCAAUUCUGUGGGCCAUGCCUGAGGAACAGAUACGGAGAAGAUAUCAAGAAAGCACUGCUUGAUCCGAAGUGGAAGUGUCCUCCAUGUCGAGGCAUUUGCAACUGUAGCUUCUGCCGCCAGCGUGAGGGCCACUGCCCGACAGGGAUCCUGUUUCCACUGGCUCAGUACUACGGCUUUUCGGAUGUCCACUCCUACCUCAGCAGCCUCCGCCACAAACUGAAGAGCGAGUAUGAUGAUACAGAGAUGUAACACUACGAGAGAAAUUGUUUUACUUCCUUUGUGAAUGUCUUAGUCCUGUCACUUUUUUAAUGAAGUUUUUUUUUUUUUGAUCUGCUUGUUGUCUGACACAAUUUUGUGAAUAAAUGAGGAAAAAGUAUAUUCAUAAUUUUAAUUCCACUGUUGGCAUUUGCAGUAGUUGUAUAUACACACAGACACAAUAUAAAACCCCUUAUUUAAAACAGAAAAAAUAAGGGCACUUUUCUGAACUUAGACUACAGACUUUCAAAGGAGCAUUUUUUUAAAACAAAUUACAAUUUAGUUUCUCAGCUUAAUUCUGAAGCGGAAAAAAAAGUUCAAUGAUCAGAUGCACAACUUUUCAGAAAAAGACUUAAUCACUAAGUCACCCUUAAUACAAUUAACAACUUAUCUGAACAACAAAAGGGAUACAUGUAUGAGGUCAGCCUCAAGCUGGACCUUUUCCAGUUAGAACUUUAACAUAUGCAUUACAAGAGUAAAAACUAUUAGAAUGUUUAAAGACCAAAGAAAGAUUUCCUAGUUUAUUAUAAAAUGAAUAUGAACCUUUGGUUUUGAGCUUACAUGUUUAUGCUGUCUGGACAUUAUUACAAAACACUUAACUCUGGCCAAAUGACAAUUUUUCACAGAAAAUAGAAACUGAUGCGACUGCAAGGAAAAAAAAAAUCUGAAAGGUGUCAAAGAAAAUGAUGUAUAGGAAGAUCUGGACUGCAUAGAAAACAUUACUCUAUGACAGAAAGGCUCUUAAGUGUAUACAUUUAAUCUACACACACACACACACACAUACAUAUAUAUAAAAGUAAUAUUACAAUUGAUUGUACAUGAAAGGUUCAUAUAACUGAAAGGCAAUCUGCUGUAAUAUUGUAAGACAAGCCUAAACUCAGGAUUUGUCUUUACCAAAAAUAUAUAUUUAUACAUACAAAAAAAAUCUAAAUGUUUUUGCAGUGAUAAGUGUAUCAAAGCAUAAUGGCUUGACUGUGGUACCUACAUACGAGGUUGGUUAGUUUGCCCCAGGAUUUCAGUGUCCUGACACUUAUGUCCUCACACUGAUUAGUGCUUCUGACUCUGACCUCAUGUAUUCCAGCCCUCUUCUAAGCAGUCCACCCAAAAACAC